CAGAAGGCAGCUGCUGCAACCGGGCUCCCUUGCUCCCAGGGUCUGUGAUCAAGCUGUGUGGAUGGGAUGGAACCCGGACCUUCAACACCAGCCCCAAGCGGGUAUGUCCCACCCCUUCAGCAAGUGUUCCAGGCACCUCGCCGACCUGGGAUCGGCACAGUAGGGAAGCCCAUUAAACUCCUUGCCAACUACUUUGAGGUAGACAUUCCGAAGAUUGAAGUGUAUCACUAUGAGGUGGAUAUCAAGCCUGACAAAUGUCCUCGACGUGUCAACAGGGAAGUUGUUGAUUAUAUGGUUCAGCACUUCAAACCCCAGAUCUUUGGAGAUAGAAAACCUGUAUAUGAUGGGAAAAAGAACAUCUAUACGGUCUCUGCAUUGCCCAUUGGCCAUGAAAGGGUUGAUUUUGAGGUGACAAUCCCAGGUGAGGGCAAAGACCGGAUCUUCAAGGUAUCCAUAAAGUGGAUGGCUGUAGUGAGCUGGAGGAUGCUUCAUGAAGCUCUUGGGAGUGGAAGAAUUCAGUUGCCGCUGGAAUCCGUGCAAGCCUUGGACGUAGCGAUGAGACAUCUUGCCUCUAUGAGGUAUACUCCAGUUGGCCGCUCAUUCUUCUCCCCACCUGAGGGCUACUACCACCCAUUGGGUGGGGGGCGUGAAGUCUGGUUUGGUUUCCAUCAGUCAGUGCGUCCAGCCAUGUGGAACAUGAUGCUGAAUAUUGAUGUAUCUGCAACUGCCUUUUACAAAGCCCAGCCAGUCAUAGAAUUCAUGUGCGAGGUGCUGGACAUCCGGAACAUAGAUGAGCAACCAAAAGCCCUCACAGACUCACAGCGAGUACGUUUUACCAAGGAGAUCAAAGGCUUAAAGGUGGAAGUUACGCACUGUGGGCAGAUGAAGAGGAAAUAUAGAGUGUGCAAUGUUACUCGGAGACCGGCUGGCCAUCAGACGUUCCCACUGCAACUGGAGAGUGGACAGACUGUAGAAUGCACCGUGGCACAAUACUUCAAGCAGAAAUAUGACCUGCAGCUGAAAUACCCUCACUUGCCCUGUCUACAGGUGGGGCAGGAGCAGAAACACACCUAUCUACCUCUGGAGGUCUGUAACAUUGUGGCUGGCCAGCGAUGCAUCAAGAAGCUGACUGACAAUCAGACAUCCACCAUGAUCAAGGCUACAGCCAGGUCUGCUCCAGACAGGCAGGAGGAGAUCAGCCGGCUGAUGAAGAAUGCCAGCUACAAUUUGGAUCCAUACAUCCAAGAGUUUGGAAUCAAAGUUAAAGAUGACAUGACAGAAGUGACAGGCCGUGUUCUCCCAGCCCCUAUACUACAGUAUGGAGGAAGAAACAGAGCGAUUGCAACUCCAAAUCAAGGUGUGUGGGACAUGAGAGGGAAGCAGUUCUAUAAUGGCAUUGAGAUUAAAGUCUGGGCCAUCGCCUGUUUCGCUCCACAAAAACAAUGCAGGGAGGAAGUUUUAAAAAAUUUCACAGACCAGCUUCGUAAGAUUUCCAAGGAUGCAGGGAUGCCCAUCCAAGGCCAGCCAUGCUUCUGUAAAUAUGCUCAGGGGGCUGAUAGUGUGGAACCCAUGUUCAGACACCUCAAAAAUACUUACUCUGGGCUCCAGCUCAUUAUUGUCAUCCUGCCAGGAAAAACCCCUGUAUAUGCGGAAGUGAAGCGAGUUGGGGACACGCUCCUGGGAAUGGCCACUCAGUGUGUGCAAGUGAAGAAUGUUGUCAAGACCUCCCCUCAAACACUCAGCAACCUCUGCCUGAAGAUUAAUGUAAAACUAGGCGGGAUCAAUAACAUUUUAGUACCUCAUCAACGCUCUGCGGUCUUCCAGCAACCAGUCAUCUUCCUUGGAGCUGAUGUAACCCAUCCACCUGCUGGUGAUGGGAAGAAACCCUCAAUCACGGCAGUUGUAGGCAGUAUGGAUGCCCACCCAAGUCGCUACUGUGCCACGGUGAGAGUGCAGCGACCUCGCCAAGAGAUCAUUGAGGAUUUGUCCUACAUGGUGAGGGAACUUCUCAUUCAGUUUUAUAAGUCUACACGCUUCAAACCCACCAGAAUCAUCUUUUACCGAGAUGGUGUACCCGAAGGACAGCUACCGCAGAUUCUACAUUAUGAGCUUUUGGCAAUCCGGGAUGCUUGUAUCAAACUGGAGAAAGACUACCAACCCGGCAUCACAUACAUCGUUGUGCAGAAACGCCACCAUACGCGGCUUUUCUGUGCUGACCGUAGCGAGCGGAUUGGAAAAAGUGGGAACAUUCCAGCAGGAACAACAGUCGACACCAAUAUCACACACCCCUUUGAGUUUGACUUUUAUCUGUGCAGUCACGCGGGAAUCCAGGGCACAAGCCGUCCUUCACAUUAUUAUGUCCUAUGGGACGACAACAGAUUCACUGCUGAUGAGCUGCAGAUCCUCACCUAUCAACUGUGUCACACAUAUGUGCGUUGUACGAGAUCAGUCUCAAUACCUGCACCUGCAUACUAUGCUCGCCUUGUGGCAUUCCGAGCACGAUACCACCUUGUAGACAAAGAGCAUGACAGUGGAGAAGGUAGUCACAUUUCAGGACAGAGCAAUGGGAGGGACCCACAGGCCUUGGCAAAGGCGGUGCAGGUUCACCAAGACACGUUGCGCACCAUGUAUUUUGCCUGAUGGCCUUCCAUGAGUCUUCUUGGUGGAUAUCAUCUGUGUUUGACUUGUUUGUACCAUAAAGUACCUCAGUGGCUCAGAUGAAAUAUGUUUCAAUUGGGCUUGGGCCUAGCAGAAGAAAGGGUACCUCAAAAGAAGCUUACAGACCCAACAUACUCCUCUGGGACUAUCUUGGAGAUGAUAGAUGUGGAUUAUUUUAUUUUUUUUAAAUCUGUUUUGCGUGUUGUGGAAUGGAACCCACAAGAAAGAGCGUCAUUGGUUUACUCUACAAUCCAUGAAGGCAACACCUGGUAUCUUCUGCAGGUGUCCUCUGAAUGCAACUACAAAAUGUAUUCCUUGAUGACUUGAAAUGCAAUACUCCAGACAAAAUAACUGUGUGACACUGAGCCCUGUUCUCCUCUACUGGAGAUGGAAAACUUUGCAAGAUAAAUUGGGAUGAAAGAUAAAGGAAGAGACAAGCAGUUUAGAGCCUUAAAGGAAAGAGUAACUGAUUUUGUUUGUUUUUAUUUUUUUAAAUGUUAGUUUUAAUAAGGUAACAUGUUACAGACAUGGACCAUCUCCCUUGCAGAUGCUCAGUCACCACAACUUUUACAUGAGGUGCUCAUGCACUUGAAUCACAGCCAGCACAAAUUUCCACUCCUUUUUUUAAAGAAUUUAAUAGGUCUCUAACAAUAAUAUCCCCUAUUAUCAGGGGUAUUGAUUGCUUCUGGGCCCAUUGUGGUUUCCACCCACCAGUAGAUGUGUAAAACGUUGUAUGCUAAAGAACUUGUGCUUUAACAGAGCAAAUGUAUACAUACUCGAUGAGGGAAGUCCUGCUGUCAGCAUUCAAAGGCAAGAACUGUCUGUGAAGAUUGAUUUUCAAAUCGUCUGUGAAAUUCGCUGGUGCCAAAUAGCCUUCUUCCAGUGAAGCAGUGUGGAAGCUGGUUAUUCGAAGCAAUAGAGUGUUUAAUAUCCACUCAUGACCUGGUCCCCUGUGUGCCUUCAUGUCUCAGAACAAUGGUUUGCGACCGUUACAAAUUCACUUGGUGAGGAAGCGAUAAGAUGGUUAGAGGUGGUAGCAGAAAAUCUGGAUUGAGCAAAGUGCCUUGAACCUUUUUAGUGCUAGACAAGGCAUGUAAGAGAUACCUGUUUAUACUUCUCUGGCUCUGCAUAAUGUAAGCAGAGUCGUUAUAUGUAAACUUAGCCUAUCAUCCAAAAGAAGAUCAACGAAAGCUGUAUACAUCAACCUCUUUAGCAGAAUUUGGUUUCCUUUGUCAAACAGUAGACUGCAAACGCUCAGAGUGUGGAUGGGAGAGACCUAUGCAAGAGUGACACAAAUGUAUCACAAUGAAAGAUCACAAUAUUAUGAUUAAUUUUUUUUAUGUAAAACACAUGUACUUCAGCCUACAGUUGCCCCCGAUUGCACUGCAAUAUUAUUUAUUUUUCCUUAGCAAAUUUUGUGACUCCAAUUGCAACGUAUAGCAUUCCAUUCUCUCCUAUCCAAUCUUGGAAUGCGGCGGCAGUUUUACAGUAACAGUUGGUUGAAAGUUGCAGAGGAUGGGAUAUGGGUUAAAUAAUGGUAUUUUUCUUCAUUAAUGUAUAUUCUUCCAUUAUUUAAAGGAAGACUUGUGAAGGGUAUCUGAAUACAGAUGCAGUAUCAUUAACACAACUGUAGGUCCAUCUAAAUCAUGGGCAAAAAUAGGUUUCUCAAAACCCAAUAAUAUUAUGAAAGGACGUCUUGUUCCAACAGUCUGUAGCUUUAGGGGAAUCAUAUAAAGAUGGAAAUAAAUUGUACUCUCUUUAAGCUGCAAGCACAUACUAAAAUGGGAACCCAGGAUACUAACUAGAUCUGCUUACCUUCUUAUAGAGUAUGACGCGAAAAUGAAUUAAGCACGGGGUUAACGUGUUUUAUUUUAAUUUGGUUUUCAAAAUUAGUGUUGUUUUUUUUUGUAUGUACACUAUGGAGCCAACUGUACUUAGAGGCAUAGAAUCAUACAUUUUGUGGGUAAACCAUACAGAACCAAGUACAAAUACAAUGAUGAAAGGUCUACUAAGUUCAUAGAUGACAAAUUUUUCUCCCCUCUUCCUUCCAUUGCCAUCUCAAAGCACCAAUGUUUCCUUUUAGAUAGCAUGUUUUCUUGCAACAUAUUAUCUAUUAAAGUCCUUUUCGUGGGCAUGUUCAGGUUUCACAACACAGUAAUCUGUAAACCAUAGGCCCGUGUUCGAGGCUCAGAGAGUUGUACUUUGGUAAAUGAUUAAGGUUUUUUUUAAUGGAAAAACUUUGAAUGCCCAUUUGACCUAA